CAUUUCUUCCACUAAAGCGUUUGCGGAGACUUCAAGGUAUAAUCUAUCCCAGAUCCUUUCCCAGAGAGAAACUUGGCGAUCACGUUUUCACAUGAUGCUCACGCUCAGGGCGCUUCAAUUAUCCCUCCCCACAAAGAUAGGUGGCGCGUGUUUCAGGGUCUCUCCUCUCUCUCCUACAGAAAAGAAAAAGAAAAAAAUGUCAUUAGAAGAGGCGUAACACGUCAGUCCGUCCCCAGGUUUGUGUUUCCUGGAGUGGCCGAAAGAGAUCAGUUCUAACCUGCUCCGCAGGAAUAACGGUCCUGCCUCCCGACACUCUUGGCGAGGUUUUGUACAGUUUGCUCCGGGAGCUGUUUCUUCGCUUCCACCUUUUUCUCCCCCACACUUCGCGGCUUCUUCAUGCUUUUUCUUCUCACCAUUUCUGGCCAAAACUACAAACAAGACUUCGCAGCCCCUGUUUAAACUAAUCCUCGAGGCACAGCAUCUUCCCAACCUCCACCGAGUUUUCGGGAUUCUCCUCCUCUCCUGCCUGCCUCCGAGGUUCCCCUUCUCCAAGUUUUGACAGUUUCAGCUGAAAAAAUGCAGCGCCUCUCUCGAUUUUUAGAUCGAGCCUGCGUGCUGCCGAAGCAGGGCGCCGAGUCCAUGCGAACUGCCAUCUGAUCCGCUCUUAUCAAUGAAGCAGCCGAUCAUGGCGGAUGGCCCCCGGUGCAAGAGGCGCAAACAAGCCAAUCCCAGGAGGAAAAACGUGGUGAACUAUGACAAUGUAGUGGACACAGGUUCGGAGACAGAUGAGGAGGACAAGCUUCAGAUUGCUGAGGAGGACGGGAUUGCUAACCCUCUGGACCAGGAGAGGAGUCCAGCUAGCGUGCCCAACCAUGAGUCCUCCCCACACGUGAGCCAAGCUCUGCUGCCGAGAGAAGAAGAGGAAGAUGACAUAAGGGAGGGUGGAGUGGAACAUACCUGGCACGGCGCCGACAUUCUGCAAGCCUCUGUGGAUGGUCCAGAAGAAAUGAAGGAAGACUAUGACACUAUGGGGCCGGAAGCCACGAUCCAGACCGCAGUUAACAAUGGUACAGUCAAGAAUGCAAAUUGCACAUCAGACUUUGAGGAAUACUUUGCCAAAAGAAAACUGGAGGAACGCGACGGCCACGCAGUCAGCAUCGAGGAGUACCUUCAGCGCAGUGACACGGCCAUUAUUUACCCAGAAGCCCCUGAGGAGCUGUCUCGCCUCGGCACGCCAGAGGCCAAUGGGCAGGAAGAAAAUGACCUGCCACCUGGAACUCCAGAUGCUUUUGCCCAACUGCUGACCUGCCCCUACUGCGACCGGGGCUACAAGCGCUUGACGUCACUGAAGGAGCACAUCAAGUACCGCCACGAGAAGAAUGAAGAGAACUUUUCCUGCCCUCUUUGCAGCUACACGUUUGCCUACCGCACCCAGCUCGAGCGGCAUAUGGUGACGCACAAGCCAGGGACAGAUCAGCACCAAAUGCUGACCCAAGGAGCAGGUAAUCGCAAGUUCAAAUGCACAGAGUGCGGCAAGGCUUUCAAAUAUAAACACCAUCUGAAAGAACACCUGCGAAUUCACAGUGGUGAAAAACCGUACGAGUGCCCAAACUGCAAGAAACGUUUCUCCCAUUCUGGUUCCUACAGUUCACACAUCAGCAGCAAGAAAUGUAUUGGUUUAAUCUCUGUAAAUGGCCGAAUGAGAAACAAUAUCAAGACGGGUUCUUCCCCUAAUUCUGUUUCUUCUUCUCCUACUAAUUCAGCUAUUACCCAGUUACGAAACAAAUUGGAGAAUGGAAAACCACUUAGUAUGUCUGAACAGACAGGCUUACUUAAAAUUAAAACAGAACCACUAGACUUCAAUGACUAUAAAGUUCUCAUGGCCACACACGGGUUUAGUGGCACUAGUCCCUUUAUGAAUGGUGCACUUGGAGCCACCAGCCCUUUGGGAGUCCAUCCGUCUGCCCAGAGUCCAAUGCAGCACUUAGGUGUAGGGAUGGAAACCCCUUUACUCGGAUUCCCCGCAAUGAAUAGUAACUUAAGCGAGGUUCAAAAGGUUCUACAGAUUGUGGACAAUACGGUUUCCAGGCAAAAAAUGGACUGCAAGGCUGAAGAAAUUUCGAAGUUGAAAGGUUAUCACAUGAAGGAUCCAUGCUCUCAACCUGAGGAACAAGGAGUCACUUCUCCUAAUAUUCCACCCGUAGGUCUUCCAGUAGUGAGUCAUAAUGGUGCCACUAAAAGUAUUAUUGACUAUACAUUAGAAAAAGUCAAUGAAGCCAAAGCUUGCCUCCAGAGCUUGACUACUGACUCAAGGAGACAGAUCAGUAAUAUAAAGAAAGAGAAGCUACGUACUUUAAUAGAUUUGGUCACUGAUGAUAAAAUGAUUGAGAACCACAACAUAUCCACUCCAUUUUCAUGCCAGUUCUGUAAAGAAAGUUUUCCUGGCCCCAUUCCCUUGCAUCAGCAUGAACGUUACCUUUGUAAGAUGAAUGAAGAGAUC